CUCGAUCCUCGAUCCUCGAUCCUCGAUCCUCGACCCUCGAUCUUCGACUCCGCCUUCUCAACUUCGCCGCGCACACCAAAAUUCUGCGACGAGUCUCGCAACCAUGGCGGACUUUUUAAAGAACUUUGUUGGAGGUAGCAAGUCUUCUGCUACUCCAGUUCCCUCCGCCGAUUCAGACUUUGCCGACUUCGCCGAUGCGCCUUCACCAGCGCCUGUAUCAUUCGAGACCGUCCCUAGUGGUGCUGGCCUCGGUGGUCCUGUGCCUACUGCUCGCCCGUAUACGAAAUGGUAUAAUAUUCACGAGCGCCAUAGUCUGAGCGAUUUCCGAGCUGAGGGUAUCAUCUUGGUCAUCAUUGCUGUCAUCUUCACCCUGCACUUCAUUGGUACGAAACUCAAUCGCGCCAAGGCGAGAGCAUGGAUCAAAGCCCACGCUCCGAUCCUCACCGGCGAAUUCGCGCUUGUCGGCUUUCGUGGAGUACCGCAGCAAUCUAACCAGGACCCUGAGAAGCUGCUAAAAGCCAAGAGCCUGUUCGAGUACGCGAGUUAUGCGACUGGCCGACAAAACGUCGCCUUCAUGGACAUCAAGUUGACCCUAAAGAAGCGCUUCAACCCCGUAAUGACCGGUUUGGAGACUGCCUUGAGUUUCUUCUUCGACAGCUUUGCUGCUCCCGAGGAUGCGGUUGAGGCUGUUAUCUACCCCUUCGACGGCAAGGAGGCUCAGAUUGUGCCCAGCCUACCAGGCGCCGCUGAGCUACGAAGCAAGGAUUCCAAGAGCUCGUUCGAUGGGUUUGUCUGGGCCAUUGUUAACAAGAACAAUAUGAAGAAGCUCCGAGAAGAUCGCUAUGACUUAUCUAUCACCUUCACCAAGGACAACGCCAAGCUGCCCAUCUGGACAACAGUCAUGAGCGAGAGCGCUGAGGUUACCCAGACGCUACUGACAGACGAACUUGCCUCGGCUAUCAAGCAAGCUGGUGAUCUGUUUGAGUACCUCAUUAUCAGCGAUCAACCCGUUGACAAGCCUACUAAGAUGGAUGAAACGAUUCCUCGCAAGCGCCUUUACCUACGGUACCGUCUUCCCUCGUCUAACAACUACGAUGAUCUUGCUCCUCUCCUAGCCUACUUCGUCCGGAUCCCCGAUCACCUAGCGUCGUCGGCCCACUUCCGACCAGAGAUCCUACGCAAGAUCAAGGUUGUCCGAGACGAGACCAUCAAGCAGAUCCAAAAGGCAGCCGAAGAGGAGAAGGCCGAGGAACGACAGGCCGAGCGCGACAAGGCAAGGAAGGCUAAGCGCGACGCCGAGCUCAAUGCCCUAGACGCUAAGGCGCAGAAGAAGUACCUCGAGAAGGAGAGGGAGAAGGAGCUACGCAAGUCAUCAAGGAAGCAGACCGUCCGCGCGUAGUACGCGCAAUCGGGUAACGCGCGAUUAGACCGGCACGACGUUGUCCUGUCCAAGUUCCCCAAGAACAGGAAAGGACAGCUGCCGUGUGGAGACGAGCAGACGUAUGUGGUAGGGUCAGAUGCUAUUCUCAUCGGCGGCUCCGAUAUUUGACGUGUAUAGGUACCUAUGUAGUAGGAAAAUGCCCGGCGUGGAACAUGUCAAGUGUACGCUAGCAAUGUCUGUUUGAAUAAAUAC